CUGCACUAUUCUCUAGCUGAUGCAGUCCGUCUAUUACAAUACAGAGAUAGGAAGCCCACCCACACAGUGGUUGCAUGAUGGGGGAGACAACACCAGCCGGGAUUAAGAAACUGGCCUGUCGAGUCUGCAACAAGGCCUUUUCCAAAGCUGAACAUUUGAGAAGACACGAGCGAUGCCACACCGGAUCCAAACCUUUUGUUUGUAAAGAUUGCGCGCGGCCUUUUGCCCGUCAGGAUGCCCUCACUCGUCAUGAAAAACUGCACAUGCGGAAUCCAACCACCAAAGAUGUCCCUCAACCUACACCGUUGGCAUCCCAGACUACCUCGAUAGAGGAAACGCUGCCUGCGUGGAACUCGAAUCCUCCCUCAACAGCAGCUCCUACCCCUCCUGCUAGCACAACAUGGGACACCUCACAGUCUACGCAGCAGUCAACCCUGCAUGCGGCACCUGACCUCGAUUUCAGCUUAAUUUGGCCCGACUCGGAGAAUUUGUUUCAGAGUAUCAUGUCCACGGGCACGACUGAUCAAUGGCAGAUGCCGCUAGGGGCGCUGCCGUUUUCUCCAGUUGUGCACGAUGUGAACACAAUGAGCUUUGGUUCUCCUAAUUCGUUUGAUAAUCGAAGUUCGUCUAUUGGCACUAUUCCGUCUGGGGGGAGUCAUCAGGCUGUGCGGGAUGUCACGGAGAUGGUGACGAGCUCGUCUUCGAGUGUAACGGCGGAAGUGAAAGCGAAAUCGAUUACUUCAGUCUUCCUCGAUGAAUGUCUUCAUAUGUUUUUUGUCAGAUUCAUUCCGACGUUUCCUAUCUUACAUCGAGCAACGUUUGUCUUUCGAGAAUGUACGCAUCCGCUUCUGUUGAAUGCAAUAGCAAUUGGGUCGCUGUAUUUGGGACCCAAGGACUCCGUAGCGAAGGGAGAGGCUUUAUGGCGCCUAGCACACACUGCAGUUGCGACAUCGUGGCAAUUGAUGAUAACGCAUCGUGGUCCGUACGAUGCAUGCAAAGGUGUGCAGUUGUUGAUAACAGCUCUUCUGGGACAAAUAUACGGCGCUUUGUCAAAGAACAGGAGCAUUCGCACCACGAGUCAGGUUUUCCGUCCUCUUGGUUUCUUCUGGGCAAGACAUUGCGGAAUGCUGGACAGUUCGCCGUUCCCCCCGGAAAACUUGCCGUUCCAUGAUUCCCCAAUUGCAGAGAAAGAACACCAAUGGCGGGUUUGGGCAGCGAGAGAGAUCCAACAACGAGCAUUACUUGCAUAUCAUAUCUUGGACGGUCUGGUCGCGCAAAUGUCUGGAGACGGUGCUUCGGCCCGACAUGUUGCAAACCCGCUUAACCUCCCCAGUAGUGAGGCAGCAUUCGACGCCAGUACCACUGAUGAAUGGCUGGUCCAUAUGCGCUCACUGAAGCCAGAUCAGCCGUCGUUUCGCCUGGUCUUCCGCUCCCUAUUUCCUCCUGUUGGCAGCUUCCGCUCGCUCGAUUACCAGUUCUCGGCUUUUGCCCUCCGCGUCGUUUUGGAAGGUCUUCAAUCACUUGUUUCCGAUUCUGAUGAAAGCGAUUUAGCAUCAGUCGGGGUUCCCGACCGCUCAGACGUGAGGAGAGCCCUAGCCCAAAUCCACGAGACAAUCGCAAUGAGCAUCCAUCUCUCGCCACCUGAAAGACUAGAAAUACUCCUUCGAUGGCACACAAUAUGCCUCGACACAAUGAUAAACUCUACCAUCCUCUGUAGACACGUCUGCUCACGCUACAACAUCACCCAAUCCGUCUCAGGAGGGUCCCGAACACUAAAAUCUGGAUUCGACAUGGUUAAAUGGAUCCACACAGAAGACGCCCGUCGUGCCCUCCUCCACGCCAUCGCCAUCCAAGAUAUCAUUGAGCAACUUCCCCGUGGCCGUGCGCAUGUUAUUCACAUGCCUAGUUCCCUUUUUGCUGCGGCCACUAUAUACUUUGUCUUCUCCAUCGCCGGGGUCGCGACCGUCCGUCUCCCGAGUAGCGUUAUCUGGCAAGACGCGCUGCUCACACGCUCUGACUUGAAUCUGGGAAGUACAGAUAUGCGGCCAUCUGGCUCGGAAACUCGACGAUUUGUUGAAGGUGGUCGAACUGAUUCUCCGCCGUCUGUCGGGGCUGUGAGGAAUAUGCUGUACGAGCUGAACUCGAUACAGAAGUUGUUCCGGUGCCUUUGCUCGCAGUGGGGGAUUGCGUUUGAUAUAGAGGAGAUUAUUGAUCAGUGGAUUACGUUGUGUCAUUAGGUGGUCUUGAUUUCGUAUUGCUUGUUAUUUUUGCAUUUGGUUAAAGCAUGGAUGGUUACUGGCGUUCUUGAUCUCGUGCAUAUCUAGUGGAUAGUCC